AUGUCAGCUAUAGUAUCUUCUCAUGUGGAUGAUCUAAUGUCAAAGAUACUCUCAGAUGAAUCAGCGUUACGAGUAAAAGACGUUGAAAACGUACGCAUGAAAAUAUCUAGGAUACUGGAAGGAGGAGUAAAUAAGUUACAUGUAAUUAGUGACUUCGAUUCGACAAUGUCACGACAUUUUAGAGAGGACAUGUCUCGUAAUCCAACCUGCCAUCAGGUCCUGUCUUCAGGCAGUAUGUUGAGCCCAGAGUUCAAGCAAGCGACUGCUGCACUCUAUCAAAAGUAUUUCCCAAUAGAAAUGGACACCACUCUGACUGUUGAAGAAAAGGUGCCCUAUAUGGUUGAAUGGUGGAGUAAAGCCCAUGAACUAGUAAUCAGGCAGAACCUCACAAAAAAUGAUAUCAAACAGAUGCUUUUGGAUACGCCCACAAAGUUAAGAGAAGGCAUAGCCGAGUUAAUUAUACAGUGUAAAGAAAAGAAUAUCCC